GGGCAGUUUUGCCGAUCGCUUUUUAAAACGCCAGCAGCAAAUUUCUACGCAGGGGAUUCGCUGAACGUGGUGGAAGUCUUCGACCCCGUAGCCAACCACUGGGAGAAGUGCCAGCCAAUGACCACGGCACGCAGCCGGGUGGGCGUGGCCGUGCUGAAUGGACUCUUGUACGCCAUUGGGGGAUACGACGGGCAGUGGCGGCUGAGCACCGUGGAAGUCUACAACCCCGAGACGGAUUCCUGGUCCAGGGUGGGCAGCAUGAACAGCAAACGGAGUGCGAUGGGGACUGUGGUCCUGGACGGACAGAUCUACGUUUGUGGGGGCUACGACGGCACCUCCUCCCUGAAUUCGGUGGAGGCCUAUUCGCCUGAGACGGACAAGUGGACGGUGGGAACCCCAAUGAGCUCCAAUCGCAGCGCAGCCGGCGUCACGGUCUUCGAAGGCCGCAUCUUCGUCUCCGGCGGACAUGAUGGCUUGCAAAUCUUCAACAGCGUAAGUCUGUUCUGGGGCUGUGGUUUGUUUCUGGUCUGUCCCUAGCGACCAGGAGGGCCGCCAGAGUCUUUCAGGAAGAGAUUCGACAACCGUUUGUUGUCAUGGCCCCUAUCAUGGGAUAGGGCCUCCUACUCGAGCAGGGGGUUGGACUAGAUGACCUGCAAGGUCCCAUUCUGCUAUCCUGUUAAG